UUGCCUUUUCUUUAUUUACUUUUAAAGAGAUAGAGAUCGAGGAAGAGGAAGUCAAUCGGCAAAACAAGUUCAUUCAGCUGUCUUCCCCUUUGCUAUUGCCUUCGCAUCGAAGAAAUUCAUGGCCGACGACGCACGAACUCCCAAGAUACAGAAGACCUCCUCGCCCUAUUCCUACGCACCGAUUCCUACCUAUCCCCCUCCAUCCACCAUCUCCUCACCCUCGGUUUCCACCACGGCGACGGAGCCUCCACCACCGCCGCCGACCAGAUCGCCACCCUUGACCACUCUAACCCCCGCCGAGCGCACUGCCCAACUGGUCUCCCGCUUCAAGGAUCAGGGAAAGGCCCUGAUCUCUUCGCAGCGCCCCUGGCCACAGCUCCUCGACUUCACCGCCCUCACCCGCCCUUUCAACGCCGGCGACGCCCUCGUUCGCCUCCAGCGCAACGUCUCGUAUUUCCGAUCCAAUUAUAUUAUCUUCUCCCUUGCCGUCCUUUCCCUCUCCCUCAUUUGGCACCUCGGCUCCCUCUUCGCCUUCGUCGCCCUCCUCGCCGCCUGGUUUUUCCUCUACUUCUCCCGCGAUCAACCGCUCGUUCUAUUUGGCCGUACGAUCGACGAAGGAACCGUCCUCGGCGUCCUCUCCGUUGCCACGGUCUUUGCCCUCUUGUUCUCCGAUGUGGGAUCAACUGUAUUCGGGGCAAUCUUGGUCGCCUUGGCCAUAAUCUGUCUACACGCAGUGUUCAGGAAAACGGAUGAUCUGUUUCUAGACGAGACAGAGGCAACAAGCGGAGGAUUGGUUGUGCCUUCCUUCGUGAUUCCCGUGCAACAGCAGCAACAGCAACAGUCCUUUGUUCGGAUUCUGUGAUCACGCUUGAACUGGGGUUUUAUUGGCUGUCGGAAUGGUAUGGAUUUUGGAUUUUUAUGUGGAUAAUUCAGGUUUUAUAUUCCUGUAUGCCGAUUUGGUGAUUGUUUAUGUUGAUUGCUUGGUUUGUGGUGAUAUAUAAUGCUCUGUAUCAGUACUCGAGCUGCUCAUAGUGCAUAGUUAUCAGAUCAUGACUUCGUAUGACUCUGUUCAUUUCUUCACCUGCAAAUUUAUUGUUGCAGAUCAUAUUAUUUGUUUCUAUAAAUUUGUUGUGUAUUUCCUGGUGAAAAUAUAUGGAAUUUAUAUUUUUUGCUUCC